CUUAAAAAUUUAACUUUGUCCUAACAACUGACAACAACUAUGAGGAUGAUCCUAUUAUUCUGCGUUUUCACUUUGUCAUUUUUGUCGGCGUUGUCUUUACCCUUACGAGAGGAGAAUGAAAACAUCAACACAGAUAUAUCAAGAAUAAUCAACAGUGAAAACGCAAUCAGGAAGCGAUCCACUAAUGCUGACAUUGGUUUGAAUGGAUCGCGAAGUUCCAGAAUGCAACAACUCUUGCGACGUUAUAUGCUUCUCACCAUCUUAGAAAACGUGAAAGGUAAAAGAUCGUGGAAAGUAAAGACGAUUCCGACCCAUAGUGAUGGAUCUCUGGACUAUGGCAGUAUUGCCGGAGUCGUUCUGCGAAAUGAACCUCAUAGUACACCGUGGCAUCUGGUUGACAUGAAGCGAGAUAUUCACUCGAACACUGAAGGCAUUCCAGAAUUAUACGAUGCCGAAGGUAUGUCAUUGCGUCAAACAUCAGACCCCGAAAAGGAUAUACUUCACGAAAUACCACGAACCGACGAAAAAGUUUCGGCAGAAAACCUUCCUUUGCUACUCAUGCAAGCAGUCAAUGAUCAAGCGAAAUCCCGAAGUGUUUCGGAUCCACGGUUCGACGAACUAGUAUCGGACGAAAUGGAAGGCAACACGGAAUCCAAGAUAAUCGAUCUUCUCAAACUUGUAUAAUUUUGUGUAUAGUUUUCGUUCAUUUCGGUAAUACUGUUUACUGUAUUUGAUGCAUCCUUAUUAUGUUGCACUGUGUUUAUUGAUUGUAUGUUCUGUAUCAUUAUGAUUAUUCAGUAUUAAUUUAUGAAAUGAAUUAUUUGUUAAAUAUGCCGGGAAAGAUUGAGAAGUAAAUAUGGACGGUGUUCAGUAUUUUCUUGCUGGUUUGAGAGACUGCUGACAAAACGGUUAUGAACAUUUUGCUAUCGAUGAUAUAUAAUUGUACAACUUUCACCAAACCAGUAAAAAUGGAGGGGUUGUUUAUCAUAACAACAAACGAUAGGAGUUGAUAGAAACAAUAUGGCAAAACAUAUUCAUGAUCAUCUCCAUUCGUUUCUUCGAUGUUAUAACUCUGGAUUAAAACGAUGAACUACCCCAAUUUAUUCGAUUAAUCGUUCUGUAUUUGAUUUUACUAUCUUGAUUUACUUUUGCUUAUGUUUGUAUGUCUAUGAUAAAUGAUGCAAGCAUUUAUCCAAUAAAUUAAGCAUUUAAAAUCGAC